CGCGGGCCCCCAAUUUCUCGCGUGCAUCCGACCGUCUCGGAUGUGGUGAGACUCGCGUCCAAAUACUCGCGUGGCUUCGCGGUCGAGGUGUUGCAGUUCGCGAGUGCGAUCAACCUAAACCCCGGUUCCGAGCCGGGCGUCGUCGUCGUCGUCGUCGGGACGACGACAUCUAAUCGAAUAAGGCAAUAGUGUUUAACAAACCCCGCACCCUCGGUCCAGCGAACUGUAUCAAUCGAUCCGUGUGUGGAAAUGUACGUGCGUCGAGCGGGUGUUGUGGUUGUUGCACGUGGUGUUUUUUGAACUGUUAAAGUUAUCGCGGUUUGGAUUGAAACAAUUGUUAAACUUCGAUCUGAUUUAUAUGUACAAGUUGGUAGAAACGGCAAACAAAAUAGUGAGGGGGGUCAACGAGCUGUGCGGGUGACUCAAUCAAACGACUGGACAGGCGGAUUAACUCUCGCAGCGGUGUCAAUAGCCAAGGAAAUUUAGUUCACAGAAGUAGUUUACUGUUAGCUUUCAUGUGCCGGUUUAUGUUGAGAAUGUGAAUUUGUUUUUGUUUUCUUGUGACUUCGGAUGGUGUAUCUUGUUCCACAGAGCGCAGUGCUGCUUGAUAAAUGGGUUUCUUGGUUAAUCGCAGUCGGGUGCUUGAUUUACGGUGGUCGUUAGCGCUGUCGUUGGUCGUGUGGGUCGCUCUGGUUCGAGGCGAUGGAUUUAAACUGCCGGACCAAACGGAUGCAGCUAUUGGAAAAUCAGCCGUUGGAGCACCGGUGGUGGAACCAGCUACCGGUGAAGGUCGUCGCCAGGGAAAACACCUGCUAGACUUCAUUGGACUCGGUACCGGAGGAAAUGUAGAUCCCUACCUGGCUCGCACUAAUGCCCAGUGUUUGAAUGGAGAACUCGCAGAUUGCUUCAAAUCGCAAGCCUUGAAUACCUUCACGGACUUCUUCGCAAAGGAUGUGUACCAAUUAACAUCUGAUGCCCGGAUCACCCGUUUGCCGGAAACUCAACUUCGCUCGUUCCAACAAGACCCGUUCGAAUACUCGGAAGAGCCCCGCCAGCUGGACUCCGAGUGGGACCAGCUCUACAAGUUCGGUCUGCGCCAACUCGAGCGUUUCGUCAAGUCCACCGCUCUCGAGUUCCAAAUUCCGGAUGAGGUUACCGAAGGAGGUCGCUACCAGGCCCGCUUCAUCGAUGAAAUCUCCGACGAAAUUGACGUCAUCGAAGACAAGAAAGCCCCACUCUUCACCCGUCACCGACUGAAGAAAAUCUUCAUCCCUCUGCUGAUCAUCCUGAAAAUCUUCAAGCUCAAGCUUCUCCUCUUCCUGCCAUUGAUCCUUGGGCUGGUCAGCUUCAAGAAACUGCUAGGAUUCGCCGCCAUCAUCAUUCCCGGUGUCAUCGGGUACCUGAAACUGUUCCGUCCGAACCAGAGCUGUUGCUCCAAUGAUCUGUUCUCCAACAACUAUCAACCACAGUACUCCCCGCAAGGUGUUGGAUCGGUCAGCUACAAUCCGUUCAAACCCUACCAGAACCAGUACUCCAGGCCGGAGCCCAACUUCGCUGCUCCAUAUGGAAACUACUAUAGGGAUGGCCAUGAUCUGAAGGAAGGAGGAGUCAAAUUCGGCGAUGAGCAAGCCUACCAGGGAUACUCCGAAUACCGAAGCAAUGAUAAAGACAUAAAAGCGGAAACCUAACCACUGAUGUAGCAGUUAGUAGUAGCACUUUUGUAUAAAUUAAUUUAAUUCUAUGUGAUUCAGAGCAAGAGACAGGGUGAUCGUGCGGAAGUAUGUGGAUGUGUGACGAAGUACCAUUUAUUUCUAGUUAGGAAAACCGAAUGACAAUACCGCGCGUAACAGUUUACCAGUUGCUACCAGUGUAAAUAUUUAUGUUAGAAAACUAAUUAAAAUUGUGCUCACGGAGAUAAUUUGAAAUGUGA